GCAGAACCCAGAUGUGCAGCUGCAGUUACAACAGAGACCACCUCACCACCACAGCCCGACUUCUUCCUUGACAUCCCUGGGAUCUUUGACUUUGCUUCAGUCUCCACCGCCAUCCAGGCUGUCCCCUUCCCAGCACCAGCAACCUCUGACUCCAAGCCAGGGAGAUCCUGGAAUUCUGCCACGGACCCAGCAGCCAUUCUUGUCAAACCAAGUCCAUCAGGGGGACUUGUACCGACUAUGCCAGCCCUUCCUAGGCCCGCAGCAGCAGCAAGGAGAUUCCUAUUCAGUAAUAUCCCGAGCUCAGCAGAUACCUUCCCCGUAUCAGCAAAUGCAAGUAGAUCCUUUUGCCAUAGUUUCCAGGGCCCAGCAGAUGGUGGAAAUCCUGUCAGAAGAGAACCGGUCUCUACGACAGGAGCUGGAUGGAUGUUAUGAGAAGGUAGCCCGGCUGCAGAAGCUGGAAACAGAAAUUCAGCAAGUUUCAGAGGCAUACAAAAACCUGGAGAAAUCAUCCUCUAAACGUGAUGCCCUGGAAAAGGCCAUGAGAAACAAACUGGAAGGAGAAAUUCGUAGGCUUCAUGAUUUCAACAGGGAUCUAAGAGAGCGCAUGGAGACAGCCAACAAGCAGCUGGCGGAGAAGGAAUUUGAGGGGUCUGAAGACAAUCGGAAAACCAUCUCUCAACUCUUUGCACAAAACAAGGAAACACAGCGGGAAAAAGAGAAACUGGAAAUAGAACUGGCUGCUGCACGCUCCACCAAUGAGGACCAACGGAGACACAUCGAGAUCCGAGACCAGGCCUUGAACAAUGCUCAGGCCAAGGUGGUGAAACUGGAGGAAGAG